ACCAGAGGUGGCCAAAGAUAAGGCUUCAUUCUUCUUCUUCACUCUCUACUUUCUACUCUGCUCUCUUUCUCUCUCUAUCAUAUCAGCAGCCAUGGCAGAAGCUUCAACUGUAAUAUUUCGAAGCACACUUCUCCCUUCCAUGUUUUCUCAAAAUCAUCAUCUUCCAUAUUCAAAACCCUUCCGUACAAAAACCCUCAACAGUCCUUCCCAAAUUAGGUGCUCAAUUUCCACAACUGAUACUCCUUUUACUGCAGUGGACAGAAUUCCUUGGGGAUGUGAAGUCGAUUCGGUCGAAAACGCCGAAGCGUUGCAGAAAUGGCUGUCUGGGUCUGGUCUACCCCCUCAGAAGAUGAGGAUAGAGAAGGUGGAUGUUGGAGAGAGAGGUCUUGUUGCUAAUAACAAUAUUAGAAAGGGGGAGAAGCUCCUCUUUGUUCCUCCUUCUCUUGUUAUUUCCGCGGAUUCGGUGUGGAGCUGCCCAGAGGCUGGUAAAGUGUUAAAAAGGAAUUCUGUUCCAGACUGGCCGCUGCUUGCAACAUACCUAAUAAGUGAAGCAAGUCAAAUGAGUUCAUCAAGAUGGAGCAAUUAUAUCUCAGCCUUGCCUCGGCAACCCUAUUCACUUUUGUACUGGACACGUUCAGAACUGGAUAGAUAUUUGGAAGCAUCCCAGAUUAGAGAAAGAGCUAUUGAAAGGAGUAAUGAUGUAAUUGGAACAUACAAUGAUCUAAAGCUCAGGAUAUUCUCUAAGCACCCUGAUCUAUUCCCUGAAGAAGUUUUCAAUAUGGAGACAUUUAGAUGGUCAUUUGGCAUCCUUUUUUCGCGAUUGGUAAGAUUACCCUCAAUGGAUGGUAAGGUGGCAUUGGUACCAUGGGCAGAUAUGCUCAACCACAGUUGUGAGGUGGAAACAUAUUUGGAUUACGAUAAAUCUUCAGAGGGCAUUGUCUUCACAACUGGACGUCCAUACCAGCCAGGUGAGCAGGUGUUUAUAUCAUAUGGAAAGAAGUCUAAUGGGGAGCUAUUGCUGUCAUAUGGUUUUGUUCCUAAGGAAGGAACCAAUCCUUCUGACUCUGCUGAAUUGUCAUUGUCACUUAAGAAAUCUGACAAAUGUUACAAGGAGAAGAUGGAAGCUUUGAUGAAGUAUGGCUUGUCGGGGUCUCAAUGCUUUCCUUUGCAAGUGACCGGUUGGUCAGUGGAGAUGAUGGCAUAUGCUUACUUGGUAGUAAGCCCGCCAAGCAUGCUAAAUCAAUUUGAUAAGAUGGCUGCUGCAGCAUCAAAUAAAACAGGGACCAAGAAGGAUAUUAGAUACCCUGAUCUAGACGAGCAAGCUUUACAAUUUAUUUUAGAUAGUUGUGAAGCAAGCAUUGCAAAAUACUCUAAGUUCUUGCAGGCAAGUGGAUCGAUGGAUUUGGACGUGACGUCUCCGAAGCAGCUCAACCGAAGAUUGUUCUUGAAGCAACUAGCUGUAGACUUGUGCAACAGUGAGCGGAGAAUAUUGUAUCGCGCUCAAUAUAUACUAAGGAGGAGAUUAAGAGACAUAAGAUCCGGUGAACUAAGAGCUCUCAAAAUCUUUGAUGGAUUCCGAAAUUUGUUCAAGUGAAUCCCGGAAAAAAUUCAAAAUUGUAUUACAUAGGCUUCGAUAUUGUUGUUGUACUACCCUGUAUAAUUGCAACACCUCCUAUCAAGCUAGGAGGAUGUAGUAUACUGUGGAACUUUUGUGUGUGUUAAGCAGAUCAUUUUGAUAGGUUUGGUUGAGUGUAAUGUGAAUGGAUUUGCACCCUGAAAACCAAGUGAAGUUAAUAUAAGUUUCUAUAGUUGCCUGUA